UGGUUAUCGAUAAACAACUGCUCACAUAACCUGCUGCUGGCCCUCCGGAAUUUAUUUUGUCACCCGAAAACCACAAACACCAGCAGAAUGCACAUCACUCGCCUCGCCCUGCGCCAGAUUUCGCGCCAAGUGCAGCUGCAUCGCAUGUACAGUGCAGCGGCUCCGGCUGCCGCGGUCUCGGGAGCCGAGAAACUGGUGCCUCCCACGCCGGAGGGGGUGGCCAAGCCACCCAAUCCCAAGCUGGACACCAUUGUCAACAACAUCGCCGCCCUCAACCUGCUCGAGGUGGCCGAGCUGAGCACGCUGCUCAAACAGAAACUGAACCUGCCCGAGACCGCAUUUGCCCCCCAGUUCGCCGCUGGGCCGGCACGUGCUGCUCCCGCCGAGGAUGAGGAGGAGGCGGCGCCCAAGAAGGUGCAGACCUCUUUCAAGGUCAAGCUGGUCAAGUUCGAUGAGAAGCAGAAGGUGGCGCUGAUCAAGGAGGUGAAGAACCUGCUGGAGGGCAUGAACCUCGUCCAGGCCAAGAAGUUCGUCGAGAGCGCACCGACCAUCGUCAAGGAGGACAUCCCCAAGGAGGAGGCCGAGAAGCUCAAGGAGGCGCUGGCCAAGGCGGGUGCCAUCAUCGAAAUCGAGUAGGAUCGCCAGCGCCGGCGGUGCCUUCGAUUUCCCAUUUUGCGUUUAGCUGCUAGUUACUGUUUUAAUAAAAAGCCGGGCAACAUUUGCUCUAAACUUAA